GCUAAUCGGGCCAGAAGAACCGAGUCCAAACCCGAGACCUUGUCUCGUACUGUCAAUGGAUCGUAGGGGAAACCCAGUGUUUCUGAACUGCUACUGCAACCCAAAAGCCAGAAGCGCAUCUGCAAAGACGGGUAUAUGCCACACCUCCAUAUCGCUAUCGCUAUCGCCAUCACUUUUUUGGAGUGGCCGGUAGACCAAAACCCAAAGGCCCAAGCCACAGCCGACAGUCGUCUCCAUUCAUGUGCAGCAGCAGCAACAGUAGCAGCAGCAUGUUGACUUACAGGAGUAUAUGGAUUUUGUUGUACGAAUGUUGCACCGUACGAUAAUAACCCAGUAGGAUGAUGUGGUCAGAGACGCAGAGGAACGUGCGCACUCUUCCUGGUAUUAUUUAUUGACGACGUUCGAUGGAGGGAGCUCGCAAAGGUCGAAGCGUAAGGGGGCGGGAUGGGUACUAAAAUCUGUUUUUGGUCGUUGGUAAGAAGAGGGUUGAGAGAUGAGAAGGAAGAGAAGAGAAGAGAAGAAGAGGGAGAGAGGAAGAAAUUUGGUGUGGUGACGAUGAUAAUAAUAAAAGACGGGAGAGCCCAGCCCAGCCCAGUUCAGUUGGCACAGCGCAGUGCAGUACAGCUAAGUAAGGUACAGCGAACGUUCAGGGGGUACUUUACUCUUGCCUCCCCAAUCAACAAAUAUUUGUACCCUCACCGAGAAAUCACGGCCAUCAUGACUGGAGGGGUACGAGCCAAGCAUGGAGUAGCGCUACGGAAUACUUGCCUCAGAUGUACUUAGUACGGUGAAUUCAUAGCCCGCUUUGGCCAAAUGUGUCUGAGCUCUGAGGUGUGUCGCUGUGGUUGAGAUAUGGAGAGCUUUUUUUUCGCCUUUUUCUUUUUUUUCUUUUCUUUUCUGGCGAUCUGGUUCAGGAAUUAUGGGGAGCUGUUCCUUGCACCCCGCUUCCUGUGAGAUGCAAGCUUACAGGCCUUGAAUUAGUGUUGGAGUUGAUUUAUAUGUUCGCAAUGGUCUAAAGUCGUGAUCCAACAGGUGUAAAGUAAUAUAAAUCUGUAUAUUCUUCCGACAAUAUUCUCAAAAUCUCCAAAUAAAAGUCACUGUCUUGCCCGCCCUCGUCAAAGUCGCGUAGGUAGCUAUUUUCUGUUCCCCCACCAAACUCGACCCCGCUAUCGCGCUUGGGUGUUUGGUGGCUUUGCUUUUGCCAUCCAUCAGCAUCGUUAAGUUACAGCGGCAUAUUCGGGGCAAAGCACUCCGCCCGCUACUGCAGCAUCCGACAGUAGCUCUCCCCUCCCUCUACGAAUUGUUCUCCCCAACCCCAAAUCGCCAAAUCUCAGGGUGGGUUAUCUAUCAUAUCGAAUGCAUUGGCCGUUUCAUGAAACGCGCAAACAAAUGUCAAUCACCCCGCCACUCAAACGUGACCAUAGUUAGGUUACCUCAUCCCUUGACUCGAUGGCAAUUCGUUGAGUAGGUAGUGGCAGGGUACUUUGAUGGUGCCAACAGAGUUGGAGUCAGAAAGCGCCUAGUUUUCUAACGAAUAAAGUAUCGCCCUCUCACCUUGGAAGCAUUGGCCUCACCUGAGCUCGUA